AUGAUUACCACUCCUUUAUUUUCGUUUGAAAUAUUAUUAGCUUCUUAUUUUAUUAAAAUUAAUCCUACCCUAAGUUGCAAAAAAAAAGGAUUAGAAAUAAUCAGCAGGCAUAGAAUAUAUCACAGAGCAAGCACCAAGUCAAAAAAAGAUGUCACUAAUAUCUACACUAUUACUAAUUAGAUUUCAUCAGAAGAAGCUUUACUGGUUAAUUUGUAAGAGUGUUAGCUUGAAUGUAGUGGUAGUGAUCAAUUAUUUAAAUAAUACGUCACUAAGCAGAGAGUAGAGUGUAUUAUUAUGUUGAUCAAUUUAGAGAAUCUAUAGCCUGAUUUUUAAAUCUAUUUAGUUAUCGAAAUGCAAAACAGAAUUAUUUGCACAAUCAAUAUAUGUAUUUAGUUAAGUGCAAGGAAGAAGCAAUAAAUUAAUAAAUUUAUAUAAAUUUGA